AGGACCAAACAGCAAGACCUAGAGCAGCGUCAGGCCGAUGUAGAAUAUGAGCUUCGAUGUCUUCUCAACAAACCAGAGAAAGACUGGCUGGAUGAGGAUAAGGAAAGAGAGCGGGUAUUAAUGCAAGAGCUGGUGACACUCAUUGAGCAGAGAAAUGCUAUUGUAAAGUGCCUGGAUGAAGACAAGCAAAGAGAGGAAGAAGAAGAUAAAUUGAUAGAAGCCAUGAUCCAAAAGAAAGAUUUUCAUGCAGAUUCUCAAAAGAAGAAGAAAGGAAAACUCAAACCAAUGAAAGUUCUUAAAUUGCUUUCUCCUAAAGAUGCAAAGCAUAAGAGCCCAAAGGACAAAAAAGAAAAAGGAGAGGGGGCUAAGAGGUAG